CCCCCCACCCCCCCCCGCCGGCCCGGUCGGUGACGUCACGGGCGGGGCCACCCCGGGAGCGGCCGCUGCGGGACCCGCCAGCCAUGGAGCCCCCCCAGCCCUGGGCCCCCCUGAGCCCCUCGGACUUCGCGGAGCUGCAAAAAUACCUGGACUACAGCCCCCGCCGUGUCCAGGAUGUCCUUCAGGAUUUCUCCGACCUCCCCGAGAGCCUGGACUUCGAGGGCUUCUCGCUGUUCCUGCGCCGCUUCCUGGGGGCCGAGGGGGUCCCGGGGGGGCUCCAGCGCCGCCUCUUCGGCUCCUUCCAGGGGCAAAAUGGCAGUGGCCGCGUCAGCCUCAGCGACGUCUCCUGUGCCCUGGCGCUGCUGGAGCGGGGCCGGCCCGAGGACAAACUCGAGUUCGCUUUCAGACUCUACGACAAGGACGGGAACGGGGCCCUGGACAGCGCGGAGCUCGAUCGCAUCGUCGCGCAGAUGAUGAGGGUGGCCCAGUACCGGGACUGGGAUGUCACCGAGCUCAGACCGAUCCUACAGGAGAUGAUGCGGGACGUGGACCGGGACGGCAGCGGGACGGUGACGCUGCGGGAGUGGCUGCGGGGCGGCGGCACCAGCGCGCCCCUGCUCGCCCUGCUGGGGCUCGACGGGGAUCUGGAGGAGGACGGGCGGCACCGCUGGGCGCUGGCGCAGUUCUCGCGCCCCGCGUUCUGUGGGGUCUGCGAGGGGCUCCUGGUGGGGCUGCGGAAACAGGGCCUGAGGUGUUCCCGUGAGUGUGGGGUCGGGAAUUCCAUGGGAUCGGGAUUGGGAUCGGGAAUGGGAUCGGGAAUGGCUGCAGGAACAGGGCCUGAGGUGUUCCUGUGAGUGUGGGGUCGGGAAUUCCAUGGGAUCAGGAUUGGGAUCGGGAAUGGGA